AAAUUAGCUCUAAAGAAUUAUAAAAAGUAUUUUGAAAUAGGAAGUUUGAAAUAUCUUAACUGGCAGAGUAUUUUAAAAUUUAAUCAAUCUGAUAGAUUUAAAGUGUUAGAUUUGAUUUGUGAUGAAAGUAGUUUGUAUGAGGGACAAAUGAAAAGAAGAGAACAAUAUUUAAAGAAUAAUAUAUUUUCGACAUCAGAAGAAUGUUCCGUUUUAGAGUUUUUAAUACAUCAUAUUAAUAAAUAUCAGAUGGAAUUAUAUGGUAACGUGCAUAAAUUAAGUUUGAAUGUACAGGUAUUAUUAGAAAAUAAACAUUUAAAAGAGAAAUUUUUACAAUUUAUGUGUAGAAGUAGAAAGGAGUGUAAUAUAUAUGAAAGUGAAAGAUUUAAACAAGAACAAGAAAAGGGUGUAGAAUUUCACGAUAAUAACAACUAUAAAUUUUCACAAGAGAAUGUUCCUGCUUCAAAAGUAGUUGAUCCAUUUAAUUUGUUUACAAAUUAUUUUUAUUUUAUAAAAUAUUACAGUGUUUUUAAUAGUGAUCAUAUUAUAUAUAUGCAUCUUUUAAAUUUUGUUGGAAUUUUAAAUGGAAAUAAUGAUGCUUACGUAAGUUCCUUGUAUUUACCAGGAUAUUAUAAUGCCAUUCAGCUUUCUUAUAAAGAUCAGAUUGGAUUGAAAGACUUAUAUCAAAAUCUUGUAAAAUGUGUUGAGAAAUGUUAUAUGAGAAAUAGAAAAAAUAGGUCCUUUUCUCACAGAAUUGCUUCAAUUUUUCGUCAUAAGAAAUUUGAUAGUUCAAAAUAUAUACCUAAUUAUAGCAUUUCUAAUGCCAUGUAUUUAAGUAUAAAAGAUGAAGACGAUACAAAAAGAACUAUGGUUACUUUCCAUUGGAUGCCUUCAACUAUAAAGAGAAUGCAUAAUCAUCGUAUAAAAAAAUAUGUAUCUAUAUAUUUAUUAGAAGAACUGGAAAAGCUAAUUGAUAAUAAAUUGAUAGAGAAGGUUAAAAAAUGCAUAACAUUUUUAGUCCAUCUAAAUGCAUUUUUACAAUUAGAUUUCUUUAACUAUUUAAACGAAACACCUGCAAAUCUUCAACACCCUUUCCCCCUAAGUAUGAUGGUAGAAGCUAGAUUUAAAGAUUGGUUUAUUCAAUAUCUCACUGGUUUCUUUUUUAUAAAUUAUGACGAUUCAAAUACAAGAUAUAACAUGCCUGAAAAUAUGAAACGAGGUACCUUUAUACCACCGAAAUAUAGUAAAUGGAAUAUUCACUUAAAAAGAUUUAUUGAUGAUGCCUUUUUUAUGUAUUUUAAUCAAAAACAUGCCCUAACAUUGUUCAAAUAUCAUAACCCAUAUAAUAUAAGUAAUAAGAUUAUGCUAAUGAGAGAUACAUAUGAAUUAUAUACAAAAAAUUAUGAUAAACUUAUCUUUGGAGCUGAUAUUAUGCUUUUAAGAAAAACAUUUUCUUGUACUCCCAUGUCUAGUAAAGUAUGGGAUAGAGUUAAAUAUUUUUUGCAUAAUAUUAUUGGAAACCCUCUCAACUAUUACAAACAUGGUCUUAUAUAUGCAUAUACCUUAAAUAAAGCAAUGUUAAAAGAAGUCGUAAAUGAUUUUUUUGUUAUAUAUAAAAUGAACAAAGAUAUAUUUUCAGGAACCUCUUUCUUACAAACAGUCUAUCUACUCUUUAAAAAAAUACAAGCUACCUAUUUUUCUCACAGAAGAAAUGAUGAUGUGAGUAUGAACAACAUUUUCAUGUUUAAUCUGGAAAAAAAUUAUUCUAAAAUGAACCAAGCUGAUAGAGAAAAAGAAAUUCAUGAAUCUAUGGCAUCCAGAUUUUUUGCAAAAACUUUAUUUACAGUAUUUCAAAUGAUGUUCGUUAUACAAAUAAGUAAUGAUGUAGAUAAACUUGAUAGAAUAUAUGGUAAAGCAGACAUGUUGCGUUUAUCUGUACAUGAUGAACCUUUCUUACGUUUUGCCUACGCUUACUAUGGUAGUAUGUAUGAUAAAUUAACAAAUGUCUUUUUCCCAAUGCAUAUAAAAAAACCAACCAUCCAACUCAAAUACGGAAAAACAUUUAUUAUGGCUAAUUUGUAUUAUUUAUGUUCAGUUAUUUUCUCUAUGUACAACUUAAAUAAUUUAAGUCUUCUAUGUGAAUAUCAAGCCAUAGGAAGUUCCAAUUUCCAUUCAUAUAAAAAAAUGUCACAAUUUAUUGAUAAAAAAUUCAUACCAUUAGUAUUUUUCACACUUUAUGACAGAACAAAAAAAAUUAAACAGGGAAUUAGUCCUACAACCUCACCAAAUGGUGGUACAAGCGAAACAUCGAGCAAAAUGGAAUGGUAUCAUAUAUUGUUAGAUUUUCGUGGGGAUUCAAUGGCAAUGGCAUGGCCAUAUUUAGGAUAUUAUAUGGGUGGUAAUAUGUUAUAUAGAAAUAUUUUAUAUUUUCCUAAUCACUUACCUGAAGAAUUAAGAAAACAAACAAAGGGUGUAGAAUUAGCACAACCAGAUUAUGAACCUUCUGUUCAUAGCAUUGAUUGGCAAGUAGGUUAUGCCAUUAGUCAUGGUUUAUCCCUUUCAUUUUUUACAUAUGGUUUGAUGAAGGUAUACGCUUAUUAUGAAAAUGUUAUAUUUUUCUUGAGAAACUCUAUCCGUAUUUUUGAUAGGUUUUAUUCGAUUUUAGAAAAUUAUGUGUGCAUGUACAUUAAAAGAUUAUUCAAUAAAUUGACUGUUGAUAAAUUACUCAAGGCUAUGUCAAGAGGAUAUGCAUCUACUAAAAAGGAAGGUGCUUAUGAAGAAGCAAUGUUAUCGAGAGUUCGUGAUAAAGAGAAGAUAGAAAAGGAAGUAGAAGAGGAUAAACGUACUGACUUAUCUACUCUUCCAACAUUUGAUAUAAUGGAUUUUGAAAAGAAUACAAAUUAUAUGUAUAAGGAUAAUGAGGAUUAUUUUGAUGAUUUAGAUGACAAUGAAGAAUUUUUAAAUAGUAAGGAUCUAUUAUAUUAUGAUGAUGGUAUAGAUAGAACAAAACGUUAUGAAUUAAUUCCUUUGGCACGUUAUCGUUAUGAUCCUUUUUAA